GUUCUCUCCGACAGCUGCUUCGUGCGGGGAACAGUUCUUGGACCCGACUACUGUUACCGUGAUUCAACUACUGCUGAAUGCAGUAUGACGCCUCCAAUUUUUUUUAAAUUUUGUAUUACUUUCGGUACUGAUACAAAAUACUGGAAAGUGGUAUUUCACAAUAACUAUUUUUUUUUUUUUAAAUGGCGACGGUUACUUGAGUGUUUUUUUUUUUUUUUUUUUUAGGUAAGGAACUUUAGUGGACUAAAAAUGUUAGUUUGUGGUGUUGAAUAAUUCACAGUAUUAGAAAAGUUUUAAUUGGUUAGUGGGAAAGAACAGUCAUGCAUAUACUAUUUGUGUUCGAUAGUAAUUUAAGGUGUUGCUGGAAUGCUAACUUAAAUAAAAUGUUGACAGAGUUUUACUUACGGAUGACAGUGAAGCUUCCUGUGUGCGUGUGUGUUAUUAUGUGAAGUAAAUUGUCAGAGUAGAAUGCAUCCCGUGAGGCGACGCAAGAAAAGGCCCAACUAUGGCAUCCGGACGGUGGAGGUGAGUCGCGGUUCUAACGGGUUCGGGUUCACGAUCUCGGGCCAGCAGCCGUGCAUCCUUAGCUGCAUCGUGGCGGGUAGCCCUGCGGAGCGCGCGGGGCUCAGACCGGGGGACUGCCUGGUGUCUGUCAACAGCCAGAGCGUGAGUAAGGUCCCGCACGACGAUGUGGUACGCCUGAUCGGGGCCUCGAGCAGUGCGCUGCGCCUGCAGAUCGCCGACAACUACUACUCUGACAGUUCUGAAGACGACGCCCCCGCGGCGCGCGCCAAACCGCGCUGUCUGCACCGCCUCAGAGUGCAUGCCCAGCAGGGCCGUGCUGCCAAGGUGGUGCGCGACUUGCGCACGGGCGCCAUGUUUGAGGAGCCACCGUGCGAAGACAGCCCCGCCCCCAGCCCCCCGCCGCCCCGCCCUGCCCCCGUCCUAGCUCCCUCCCCCGCCCCAGCUCCUGUUCCCGAGCAUCGAGCGCUCGUCGGCUACCUGGGCACCAUAGAGAUGCCGCGAGAGCUGCAGCCAGGCUCACGCCUGCAGGUGGUGCGAGGUUGUAUCCGCAGACUGCGAGCCGAGAAGCGCGCGCACACACUGGUGCUGAUGAGCGUACGCAGCCGCAGUCUGCUGCUAUCCAACUGUCACGGUGCUGUGCUGGCAGAGUACCCUGCCGAGCGUGUGGCCUUCUGCGGGCCCGGUCUGGAUGACGAACGUCGCUUCUUCGGGCUGGUGACCAUGGCCGUGCCGCACGCGGACGAGGCGCCCAGCAGCUCGUGCCACGUGUUUGCGGUGGAGCCCAGCCUCCAUGGAGCACAUGCCACCCACGCAUUCAAGGCGGAGGCCUUCAAGCUGCGUUGCAGCCUAGAUCCGGUGCAUGGCUCGUGUCGAGAGUUCCCUGGGCGCGCGGAUGAGCCCGUGGCCGCGGUGAGGCGGCUGUAUGACGACCAGCCCCCCCUGGCCCACUCCCCUCGCCCGAGCAGCACACCUACCACCGCCUCCAGCAACAGCGACUCUGGGAUCGGCUUCCGUGAUGACUGCGGCAACCAGUCUGAUGGGAUCCUGGUGGUGGACUUGCAAGAGCGGCGGCCGCACGUGCUCGCGGAGAACCCAGCCGGGCGGCUGACAGUGCGCGCCAUGCCUGACCCGGUGGUGAGCAGUCGUAGCCGGUCACCACUGUGUGGCUCAUCGAGUGACGGGCCAUGCGGGGGCAGUUCCCAGGACGCACUGCUGUCCUACAAGCUGAGUCCCAAGGUGUUUGGUGUUGCACGACCCGUCACACACAGCCUGGAAGACCUGCCAGGGGGCGGGACCUCGCAUGUUCACCAGUGGGGCAGCCUGCAGGAGUUGCGCAGCUUCGAGAACACGCCUCAAGCUCAGCACACGGACCAACAUCAGCCCCGGGCAGCAGGAGAGGACGAUGCCAGCAACCGGCAGCCCACGGAUGGGGGUGUUGCCGGCUGGGCCAGCUCCUUGGAGAGGCUGCUGGACGACCCAGCGGGACUUCACACCUUUGCGGAGUUCCUGAAGAAGGAGUUCAGUCACGAGAACAUCUACUUCUGGGUGGCGUGCGAGCGCUAUCGUGGCUUGAAUGACCCUCUGAUGCGCAAGAAGGUAGCACACCAGAUAUUCGACCAACACAUGUGCCUGGGUGCGCUGGAGCCUGUAAAUGUCGACUCUCAUGCCAGGCAAGAGACACAGGAGGGUCUCGACGAGGCAGCCCCCUCGCUGUUCCUUCAGGCGCAGAAGCAAAUAUUCAACCUAAUGAAGUUUGACUCAUAUCCUCGUUUCAUCAAGUCUGAGCUGUACAAGGAGGUUCUUAUGCGGGACUUGUCUGGCGAGGUCCUGCCGUACCGCGGCCUGGACUUGGCUCUGGAGGCCAUUGACGCGCCCGAACCCUCUCGACCCACUCACAAGCAGCUGAAGAAGAGUCGCAGCGAUGCAGAGGACCGGCGCCGCAAGUCCCUGCUCCCCUGGCACCGCAGGAAUCGCUCCCAGUCGAAGGACCGUGGUGACUGGGAAAACGGCGUACAAGAUGCAGAUGUGGCAUCGAUGCGCAGCGAUUUCACCAGCAGCAGGUCGUCUCUGGCAUCCUGGGACAGAGCGCUACGAGGUUCUUUCUCACGCCAGUCCUUGUCAUCGUCAAGUGGGGAGUGCGCGUUAUGCCGGGUGUGUCUGCCCGAUGGGGCCACGACGGUGGUACAGAUCCGCCCCAGAGAGACUGUGUGCAACCUGGUUCUGCGUCAGUUGGACAAGCGUGGCCUACGCUUCUCUGCCUUCGACGUGUUCUACGCUCCUUCCCACCAGUUGGUGGGCCUGGAUGAAGACAGCUCUGUGCUAGCAAGGUGUGAAGUGCAAGUGGAGAGGCGUGUGGUGUUCCGACUAGACCUACCAAACAGGAAGACUGUAGGUGUGAAGGCGCGACCGGAUAAGGCUCUUGCUUGUGUGCUGCGACCUAUUCUACACAAGUACAACUACCGCCUUCAGUGUGUCACCCUAUGCUUGAUGAGCGAGAGCGAAGUGGUGGAGAUGGAGACUCCUGCAAGUGCUGUCGACAACAAGAGGUUGCAGGUUUUGACGCGCAACACCGACGGCAUGAAGGGCAAGGCGACGCCCUCACUGGAGGAGAUUGCUAACCGCGUGUUCGAGGAGGUCCUGCAGGGCAAGUGUGACUCUCUGCCCUCGGACCGGGGCUCAGACGACUGGGGCUCCGAACACUCGUACGGACUGUUCGGGCGCGCAGGUGCGCACGGCUCCGCAAGUGCCACCAGCACUGCCAGCUGCCAGGAAACACGGACCAAGAGCAAGAAGAACCCUGUAGGCAGCAAACUGGGCCUCCAGCCCCCUCUCAUCACCAAGCUGAAGGUGGGCGUCAAGCUGCAGGGACGCUCCGACAGUGAUGAGCUGUGCAAGGGUCUGGAGAGAGCGCAACGCAGUCGUCUAGAGGACCAGCGUGGCACAGAGAUCAACUUUGAGCUGCCUGACUUUCUGAAGGACAAGGAGAACGCACCACAGGGCAAGAAGCUGCGCAAGGCGGUGUGCAUGGAGGAGGCACGAAGGCGAGAUAGCGACCCUCCUCCGCCACUACCGCCCAAGCCCAAACACCUGCCCUCUCCCGCGCCCUGGCAGCCGCAGCCUCGCGGAGUGUUCCGUGCACCUGCCGAGAUCACCAACAGUGGGCGCCUCGCGGGGUCGCGGCGUGCCGUCUACCUGGAGGAGCCGAGCAGCAGCUUCGUGUGACGUUCCCCAACACCCAUUCAUUUUCCUGUUAUUACUCAUUGGCCUUUGAGGAUUCAAGUAGCCUAAACAUUGUUUUACAAUUUGAAAGUCUGGAUGUUGAUGUACUAAAUUAUAAAAAUUACCAACUACACACAACCUUUGUGGUUUCAGAUAAUAUACUUAGAGUGCAGUGUUGACUUUGAGGUAGGUCAUUGCAAUUUUUCACAUGUUGAUGUGUAUUUAAUAGUUGGUGUUGAUAAAAGUUUUUUUUUAACACGAGGCAGGAUUUACGGCUGGCUGGAAGUAUAUUUUAUUGCAGGACUUCUAUAAAUCUGUGUUCAAGAACAUCUAUAUGGAACAAAAUAAUGAAUGUUCAAGGUAUGUUGCUACCAACUUAACACAAACUGUGUAAAAGUGCGGUUGUAUUUACCGUUACAUGUUUGUCAUUGGCUCUGGGGCUAGCGAUGUGCUAGUGCACUUGAGGCCCGUGCAGCCGAUGGGCAUCCUUGUUGCAAUCGCAGAGCCCUCGAGUUCUGUUCACUUGCAUCGCUGGCUUAGUCACUUGUAAACCCACACUCAGCAUGUUCCCUCCCUCGCUGGUUCGGGGAUACGGAAGGCAGGGGCAGUGUUAUUACUCCAGUACGUGCCUUGUAUGUAGACUAAUAACUGUCAAGAUUCUGGUUUAAUGAAUUUAAUGAACAUUUGUUACUUUCACAAAUGACUUUCAUUUAUUUAUUUUUAAUACAGACUGUUCAAAGUUGAAUCUAAGAACUUUAAGUAUUUUAUCACACCUUCUUUACUGCAUUCUACAAAAUCACCACCUCGCAAGACCGUACUAACUUUUUUGAAAUUUAGAAAUGUUUUUAAAAUAGUGUAAAACAAGUGCAAUUUUUUUACUGCACAUUUUCUGAAUCCAUGAAUGUUUUUAUUAUAUUUUUCCAGUUUGAAUUUUUUUUUUUAAUUUAAUAGUUAAAGUUACAUGAACAUUAAAUAACUCUAGAUAAAGCUUCAGAAAAUAAUAGUAAACGAAACUUACCAAAUGAUGCUCUGGGACAAUGUGGUCGUGGACAGCAGGAAGUGUUCGAGCUACAGACAAGCACCAAGCAAAUGGCAUCAAGCAUGUAGCUGCUGAGAUAUCAUCACACUAUUAGGGAUUCAGUUUGAAAAUUUAUAAUGGAAAUAAAAAUCUUGAUAUUUUUAUGUAAUCAGUAAACUAUAUACUAUAAUAAGUACUAACAACAGUUUUUUGAUGUUUUACAUGGUAUUUUUGUGUGUGCUUACUGAGAUAAUGUGACAUGAGGCUUAAUUUUUUAGAGUAAGAAAGAGUUAUAAAUAAAUUAUCAAUAUUUAUUAAGAAAAAAUAUAUAUGUUAUGUAAGUUCUAAGUACAGAUUUCAUUUUUAUUGAAUUUUAAAAUUUAAAAUGCUUUGCUGCUUUAAUUAAAAGUAAAGUAUUUUAUGUAAUAAUUUGAAAUUCACAUAGAGAAUGCUUGUAUUUACAUUUCAGGAACUAUGUCUUAGGAGCAGGCCACUCAAAAUUGUUCAAUUAUACUGGAAGACUGUAGUCCAAACGUCAAGCCAUGUUUGUUAGUGGGAGUGCUGUCAUUAUGUUCUAUCUCCCUCCUCCCCCCCCCCCUCUCUCUCUCUCUCUCUCUCUCUCUCUCUCUCUCUCUCUCUCUCUCUCUCUCCCCCCCCCCCCUCCCCCCACCAUAUUUGUGUGUACACACACCUACAUACAGAAUGAGUCUGAAUUUUAUCAACAAAUGUCGGCUGCAGGUACAUCACGACAAAAUAAGUUGAAAACAAGUGCUUCCCAAGUGUGGUAGUGUGUCUGCCCAGGCGCGUGGUUCAGUGAGCCGCCGGGGCGUCUUUAAAGUGGAGGCUUAGCAACAUUUUUAUUGUAAAUAGUUAUUAAUAAUAUUAUAACAUAUAUUAUUAAUGAAACAGAGCAUUUGUAUACUGUUCAAUUAGAUGAGUUAUGCAAACACCACAAGUUUUGUGGAUAUAAAAAAAUUAUUUUAUUGGCAAAAAUGUGGAAAAUAAAGGUGAUACUCCCAAUUAUUUCAAUGAAAUAAUUUUGUUACUGCCACAAAAUUAGUAUUGGUUCUAUAACUACAUUCAAUCAAACAGAAUCCAGACGCCCAUUGUUCCCUUUGAAUACUUGAUUAUUUACAAUAAAAUUGUUUGUAAACUCCAUCUUCAAAGACUUAUACCAGCUUUGGGAAGCACUUUAGACCAUGAGUAGGUUUUCAACUCAUUUUCUAAUGAUGAACCAGCAGCUGAAGUUUGUUGUUUGAAUUUAGAUUCAUCCUGUAUAUACAUAUACAUUAAUAUAAUGAAAUUGUUAAUGGUAAGAUAUCACAAGGGCCACGAUUAUAUGGUGAAUCGCAAAAUCGCGAAAUUUUCUGCGAAUUUAUAUGGAAAAAUGUGAAAAAAGCGAUUUUUAAGAAAAACCUUAAAUAACACCGAAAUCACACAAUACAAGUCUGUUAUACUUUAAUGUGAAAAGCUUGAUAGUCAAGACUUGCCCGGGCCCUGGUUGAUAAGCUGGAAGAAUAUCCUGCCUUGCAUUUAUACGUGCUUCCUCUAAUCAGCGUUAGGGCGCUGUCUGGUCAGCGUGUGUGUUAGUGAAGCGGGAUGAUAAGAGCGACGCUCAAUGGUAGUUCUAGCGCGGCUCUGAACUGACGCGCAGUCAUCUCGUUCCCGUCAGAUAAUUGUGAAAUUUGAGCGGUGACCGUAACAUUAUAUGGCGGAAAAAUAAAGAUAAAUGUGUAAUGCAUUUCCCUCUGAUACUUUCAAGAAAUUUGUAACGUGUUUUUUACACCUAAAACUUCGAAGACAUAUCUUUUAGCCAUUUUAUCUCCUCUAAAUCCUCUUAAUCCGAUAUCAAAAGAACCAGUUGGGCAUUAACAAAUUCUUAAAUGCUUUUCGUAAACAGACUCCAGUCGGAUAUCUAGUGUAGUUUGGAAAUCGCGUAGGUUUUUUGUGGCUGUGCGCGGAUCACGAUGUAGUUGCCAUUAGUCACGCGCCGAGAAUGUUGUCCGGCAGGAAGGGAGAGUAUACUUCAUUUGGGGUAAAAAUGAAUACUUUUAUGCCCUGCUAAAUUUUUCCAUUAAAGAAAUUUUGAAGUUUCAGUGAUUUUCCAGCAGAAAUAAUGUGUAACUAACAAACAAAUUGUAUCAAAACAAUUAACGGUAAAUGGCUGUCAUGGGGGCCCCUAAAAAUUUUUCAUUUAACCAGAAAUGGACUAUACAAACCUGGCUUUCGUCGUACGCAGUUUGGGGAAGGGGAGGAAGGAUGUUGACAGUUUCACAUGCCAAAGGAUGUUGAAGGAGGAGGGGGAGAGAGACACGAUGGUUUGAAUGCCUGGGAGGGAUGAACCUUGAAGUCUAGUCAAGGGAAGAGGUAAGCCGUAUGACGUCAUGCAUCCACCCCCUGUGCUGCCACCAGCCUGUCUAGACGAGAUUCCCGCGCUCCCACUUAUGUUGCACAAGCUACUGCUGCCGUAUUUUUAAGCAGAAUGUCCUUUUUUUUCUCUCUUAUACGAACAUUAGUACGAUUAUUAUAAACCCACACACAAUAUAUGCUGCGUGUUAAAUAAUGGCUUUUUAAUAACUUUUAUUGUGAGUUUUACAAUUUUUUCCCCAAUUAUUUUUGUAUUGGUGCCAAAAUAUCAGAUUUUUUUGACGGUUCCUGAGAAUGUAUGGUACUUUUUAAGAGAAAAUGUUUAACCAUAACUUUAAAAUGUUGAUUACAUGUGAUUCUAAACAACACAAUAGGCCCAACUGCUAUUUUUUUAGUCACAAUCGUGAAAUAUAUUGUGUAAGUACCAUGAAAACCUAAAAAAGCCAUAUUUUUUCAAAAGACGAAAUAACGACAAAAUGUGUGGUUUUAAAUGACGAAAUCAGGUUCAAAAUAAAACCAUAUAAUCUUGGCUCUAGAUAUCACGUAACUGUAAGCUAAAUAAUAUAGUUUACAUAUCUCUAGUGCCUUGCAAAAUUGUAACAAUAAAUAAAUUACAACUAGGUACCUGGUUAUUUUAUAUUGUAAAUUUUCUUGCCAGCAUAUCAGCAAUUUAAAUUCAGUUUUGUAUGUAAAAUAGCUAAUUAUUGAAUACUUAUUAGUAUGUAUUGUUUUAGGUAUUUAAAAAUAACAUAUAAAAUAGACAUUUGCUUAUCCAGAAAUAAUCAUCCGAGAAGCGCAUGCACCCCGCAGGUCUGUCACGGCAACCUGCCGCCCAGUCCAUCGCCCACAACCAACGCGUUCUGAUGUCUACCUAUCCCACCUCAUAAUGUGAUUAUUAGGCCUGUGCGAAUAUCAGUUUUUUAGUUCGAAAUUAAUAUGAAUAUCAAAUUAUUUGCGAAUAUGAAUUACACAAAUAAUUUCUAAGUCAAAGUUUGGUUAAAAUAUGUCAGUUACAUUAAUUAUGUUAAAAAUUAGUAUAAUUAGUUAAAUUAUAAAAUAAUCAGUUUUUUUAAUUAUGCAGCUAACCUAACUAACCUACCUACCUACCUAACUACCUACCUACCUACCUACCUACCUACCUACCUACCUACCUACCUACCUACCUACCUACCUACCUACCUACCUACCUACCUACCUACCUACCUACCUACCUACCUACCUACCUACCUACCUACCUACCUAUCUACCUUACCUUACCUACCUUACCUUACAUUACCUACCUACCCACCUUACCUACCUUAUCUUACCUUACCUACCUACCCACCUUACCAUACCUACCUUACCUUACCUACCUACCCACCUUACCUUACCUACUUUACCUUACCUACCAGUGGCGAGGCGUGAGGUUUACAUGAGAGAAAGCAACAACUCCGUUCACCUCAAAAAUGGGGGGGGGGGGGGGGGGGGGUGUUUCCGGAGGCCCUCCCCCGGGAAAAUAUGGAUUUCAAGGCACUUGAGUAGUUUUCUUAACUGAACAUUGACUAUUCCACAGGUAGAAAAAUUGACUUUUUUUUAAAUUAUAAAUUAUUUUGAAAAAUAAUAAUGUUUGACUUACAUUAUUCUGAUCGUAAAAUACCUACUCUACAUUAUUUAUAUACUAAGUGGGAGUGUAGUAUCAUCGAUAUCUGGUACAAAAAAUAUAAACAGACAACACAUGGCAAACUAAGUACUUAAAAUAAAGAGAAGAACCUCAUAAAAAUGUACUAGAAUAGUAAAAAUUAUAUCUUGGUAUUUUUCGUACCAACACAAAAGAAAUUAUCUUCAUACGUGAUCAGAAACUCUGUUAACUGAUAUGUGUACCAAUAAACUGGCACGUCAAUCAUUCCAUUCCUGAAACGCCACCUCGCCACCUGCCAUGCUGAACUGUAGCAGACAUAGCCGAAGCAGUCUGCGGAAGAAUUCCACCGUCUGCUUCGGCCAUGUUCGCUUCAGUUCGGGAAGAAAGCGUUACCUUCGUAGCUUCUACCACGUAUUUUUACAGCCAAUCCCCUCCUCGAACCUUUGUACCAUGCCACCUCCCUUCCGAAAGGAAACUACUGCGGAAGCCUUCCUGCUGAAAGCGGUCUUACCAGCGCUUCUAAAACUAGCAACGCUUCUAAAACAGCAUGUUUUGUGUAUUGUGUGUCAACGAGUUCUUUUCUUAUAGCGCACAGCGCACAGUACUGGGUCCCAAGAAGAUAGUGUAAAAAAUACAUACACCUAACGGCACGAGCCAAACUAAAAUACUAUUCUGAAUAAAAUAUUUAUUUAAAAAAUACAAUGUCUGGAAACUGCCUGGGCAAGCACUGCUUGCCUUGCUUGCCCUGACGAGACGCCACUGCACUCGAGAAACCAGAAGAUUAAGAAGUGAAGCUCGGAACAAGGGAGAGGAAUACACGACCAAAACAGGAAGAAUUGUGGUACAAAGAAAGUCAUCUUAUAUAGGUUCUUGUAGGAUGAAGUGUGAUGAAAGAAUAUCAUCAAAUGAUGUUAAGGAACUCUUUAAAGAUUACUGGGCAUUUGGUAAUGCUCGUGACAGGGCAAUGUACAUUGCAGGUCUGCUUGAAUUACAAAGAACAGCAGCUCAUAGACCAAGAUCUGAAGAUCCAGAUAAGUGUCAUUAUCGACAGAUCACAGUUAAAUACAGUGUACAAAUUAAUGGUCAAAACACAGCAAUUUGUAAGAAAUGCUUUCUAAGUGUGUUUGGAGAGACCAAGAAAUUCAUUGAAAUGGUAUUGGUCAAGAAAAGAGCCUCAGUUAGUGGUUUGUUUGAAGGAGACGGAAGAGGAACUUCAGUUCCUCCAAAUAAAAUAUCUGAGGAACGCAUGCAACUGGUACAAAACCAUUUAUUAUCUUUUCCAGCUUAUGAGAGUCAUUACUCUCGAAGAGAUUCAAAAAAGAAAUAUUUACCACCUCAUUUAACAUUAGCUACCAUGUAUGAUGAAUAUAAGAAAGUAUAUGGCAAUGAAUCAGUUUCAAGAAAAGUGUAUGAGAAAGUGUUUCACGAUUUGAAGCUAUCCAUUAAAAAACCCAACAAAGACACAUGCCAGCGUUGUGACCGUCUGAAAAUGUCUAUAGCUAUGAGCAAAAAUAAUGAGGAGAAGAUAAAAUUAGAAACAUGUUUUGUGUGUCGAGUUAUUUUAUUAUAGCGCACAGCGCACAGUAUUAGGUCCCAAGAAGAUAGUGUAAAAAAAUACAUACACCUAAUUGCAUGAGCCAAAGUAAAAUACUAUUCUGAAUAAAAUAUUUAUUUAAAAAAUACAUUGUCUGGAAACUGCCUGGGCAAGCACUGCUUGCCUUGCUUGCCCUGACGAGACGCCACUGUUACCUACCUACCCACCUUACCUUACCUACCUACCCACCUUACCUUACCUACCUUACCUACCUACCCACCUUACCUUACUAACCUUACCUACCUAUCCAAGAUACCUUACCCACCUUACCUACCUUACCCACCUUACCUUACCUACCCACCUUACCUAAAUUACCCACCUUACCUACCUACCCACCUUACCUACCUUACCUUACCUACCUACCUUACCUGCCUACCCACCUUACCUACCUUACCUACCUACCUACCUUACCAACCUUUCCUACCUUACCUUACCUACCUUACCAACCUUACCUCUGUACCUUACCAACCUUACCAACCUUACCUACGCACCUUACCAAGUUUACCUACCUACCCAACCUAAUUGGUCCGAAAAUAGGCCGACCCCUUCUACAGCACACUCAAAAUCAGGGAAAAAUAAAUUUUAACUAACUAAAAUUAUUAUCAGCAGCAUAUUAUCUCAGUAACACUUCAAAUAAGUUAGUAUUUAUUGAACUGACAAAUUGUGUUAUUCUUACUUACCAAAAUAUAUAAAUAUACAUAAUAUAUAAGCUGUGUUUCCGUUUAUCUUCAUAUUCUUUUGUAGUGGUGCCAACAUUUUAUACGGCAAUGGCUACAUUUCGGCAAUGGCUACAUUUUCUAAGUUCAUAGAAAUUGCGACGUAAAAACAUUUACCGGUAUGUUUAACUUUGACGUAAAAAAAACCAAAAUGGUUUCAUGUAAAACGUGUAUGAAUCAACGAUAAAACAGCCAAUAUUGCAAAUAGGUUUUAUUGUUCUUGUUACUGUUGGUAUGUACCGGUAUUUGUUUAUUCAUGUCGCAACUACAAGUUGCCAACACUGGUGCCAUUUUGUUUUUCCUGUGGUAGAAGAGUAAAUAAAACAUACUACGGUAAAUAACCUUACUGCAAAAUUGCUGUUUUUACUAAUUGUUUUUUGUAAAUACCACAUUUUACAAGAAAAUAAAAUUACCGCAGCCUGUUAAAUACAGUUCAAAAAUAACCAGACCGAGCUUUUAAAAGCUAUGUGCUACAAGUGACCACAUCUGUGUACUUAACUUAAAAUAUGAUACAUUAUUGGGGUUAAGUGUGUUUACUAAAUUUCUAAGUUGGAAAAAUUACUAAUUCCACGUAAGUAUGGUGUAAUUUUAGGUCAAUGAAUUGUAUAUCUGAUAUCAUUUUUAUGCCAUAAGUGAUUCUCCUUGAAAUGUAUGUGUUUAAUCAUACUAUUUUGGCUAGUGCCCCAUUAUAGGCCGACUCUAGAUUUCAAGGUUGACAAAACUGGCAAAAAAGGUCGGCCUAUCUUCGGACGAAUACAGUACCUACCUACCUAUUCAGUUUCUAUUCACCUCAUUUUCCACAACCUGCUACUCUACAUAUUGAUCCAUAAAAUUUUCCAAAGCAUAAAAUAUUGUGAAAUCCAUUACAAACUUUUUUUAUGUAAAAAUGUGAUUUUUUUUUUUAAAUACUGUACCACAAUUAUUGAUUGAAUGAAAUAGUACUUGGGUGGUUCUGAAAUUAAAGGGAAUUUGAGGAGGUGAAAAAAAAAAUAUAAAUAAAUAAAAAAUUGAAAUUUUACUCUUAGAAUGUUAUUUACAUGUAUAAUAAUAUAGCACUUCAGAAAAAGGUCAAGGAAACAUAUUUAAAAUAAAACAACAGUUUUCUCAUUUUCCUGAACAUGGAGGUUACAUUUCAAGCCACGGAGGUUACAAGCGACACUUUAAAUGAUAAUAUAGCAGUAUUAAAUGAAACAAAAUAAGUAACUUAAAACUGUAACAAAGUCAUAUUCAAGUUAAAAGAUAAUUGCAUAUGAAUAAAUUUUUAUAAGCCUAUUAAACACGAGAAAUGUCUAUUUUUAAAGUACUAUUUAUAUUUUGCUAAAUUUCAGGAAACUUAUAACGACAUCUCUUGUUCAGAAUUUUUGUUACAAUUAUAAAAUUAUCGAUUUUAUUACAACAUUAAAAACAUCAUAUUUUGGUGGAAACAUAAAUCUAUAUCUUGUCCAAAUUUCCUUAAAAAACUAAUAGUACACUCUUGUUCAACAGAAGAUUAAACAAUGCCAACAUAAUGCCUUAGGUAUUUGUAGUUUUACAAAAUUUCACACAAACAAGAUUAUUUUCUAUGUAGUAUUCUUUAGAGCUUUAUUCCAUGUCACUGUCUGAAGAGUAGACAUCACUGUAUCUUAAUUUUGGCUGAGAUUUUUUUGAUACUGAAAAUAAUAAAUUAAGGAAAAUAUUUAGUCAAUGAUAUCAUAAACACAAUUUAAUGAAUUUGUUUUAUCUUUAAUUGAAAGUACAACCUAAAUUAAAAAUUAUUUUAUCUUAGUGAGUUACCUCUAAUAGCCUUUACAGAGGUAACUGACUAAAAAAUAAAUGAAAAAAUAAUUGGAAAUGAUAGUUGAAAAGGAUACAUUCACUGGUGUUUACGACAGGCACAGGAUUGUAGGAUCCCAGGUGAUAAUGUUGACACUUAUCAUCAGGUCUACAUUUAAAGCAACUAAGUCUGCGCAUAUUUAGUGCCUUAGAUUUGCUUACGCAUGUCACUUGGUGACACUUCAUUGUUCCAAGAAAGGGUGUAAGGGGUAGAUUCAGCAUUUUGUCCAUUUUUUUAAUCUCAUCUAUCACAACUGUAAAUAGUUGGAUUUUUGUCUUCUCUUUUAAAACAUUAAACAGACUCUUGAAAUCAGCAAGGUCUUGUCCCUCUGCUACGAGACGAUCUACUGUUCGUUUCAUUGAGCCACCAACACCAUCUGGUGCUCCCUUACCAUGACCAUAGGCGUGCGCACGGUAGGUGCCACAGGUGCCUUGGCACCACCAUUAGGGUUAACGUUAUUUUGUUUUUUACAAGCAGAAAUAAUACAUACUUACAAAAAUCCGUAUUAUUUCAAAAAAAAUAUGUUUUCCAAUCGUGUCGAGUUACAGAUAUGUGCUCAUAACACUAUCAGUAUAUCAAUUAUGAAUAGAACCAACUAUACACUCGGAAACAAGCCAGGUGCAAUAAAUUACUUGUGUUGUACACGCGGGCCGCGGCUACGAAACUUUUGAAAUGUAAAUACUUCUCCUACUUCUCCUCGAAUUACAUAGAAUGCACGCUCGGUGUCCACUGUUCAUUCCACUCGGCAGGCGCACGGAAUAAUAGCCGCCGUCCGCUAGGUAGCACUACUGUAGUGUUUACUCUUACUGUUUACUGUUUACUGUUCUAAUGAGUACACGAGUACAGCCUGUGUUUGUUAAGUGGAUCACUCAUUAAUUAAUUAUUUUAUUUUCACUAGUUGACAGUUGUUAUGGUUCGUUAAUUGCUGUAUAUAUCUGUCUGUAUGAUGUAUAAAUGGGUGAUUAAAAUUAAAAAGUUGGGACCCGAAAAGGAUUACUCAAUGACUUAUAUGCAUUCGCCGACAAACAUUUUUGUUGUAUUCCAAAAGUUAAAACUUUUGCCCACUCUUAUUUGUGUAUUUUUAUUAUUUUAAUAUUUGACAUAUUUGAGGUAUGUUACAAAAACUCCCUUGACUUGUUGAUUUUAAAACUUAACAUUUGAGAAUGUUUUUUCUAGCAUUUAUUUGGCGUCUUCAGAAAACAUGUAAGUACGGUUUUUCAAAGCCACCAGCAUGAAUUCCGUGCAAACAAUUUGUGCAAUUUACUUUAUGGCUCAACAAAGCUUAAAACUGUAAAUAGUUUAGUAGUUUUCCUGGCGAUUAAAACGUUCAAAGCCAUAAUUUGUCAUAAAAAAUGUUAAAAUUUUAACAUCUGUAUAUUUAAUGCUUUUGUUCGGAAACACCUUAAAUAGCACCAUUUAGCGCUUUCAAAUCCAAAUUUUUCCGGGGGAGAACCCCCCCCCCCCCACCCCCCGCUUUAGGCUCGGGUAUGUGAAUGAUAGGGCUGUUGUGUAAUCUGGCACCACCACUACUGAAGUCCUGCGCACGCCUAUGACCAUGACCACUCUCGGAGUAAUUCCAUGUGAGGCUUUCAAGGCAAAAUUUGCUCAGAUACACUUUCAUUAAAUAGAACAUACAUUUGUUCCUGUACUGAGUUGCAGGACUGUCACUAAAAAAAUGUAAAUUAUUAAUGUUGGGAAAAUAGCUUCUUUUGAUGUACGACAUGAUUUUUUCAAUGUGUGUUGCAAUAGCAGAAGCAUCAUGUCUAAGACUUUCUGACAGAGAACAAACAGGAAUGGUUUUCAGGUCAGAAUCUUUUUGUUUCAAGUACACUACUCCUGUGUGCAAAGUAAUUUGCUGGUGAGAGCCUCCAAAAUGCACACUUUGAAUUUCUUGAAAAUAUUUGCAUUCAUAGUUCUCACUAAAAUCUAUGUGUAUCAGCACGUCAUUGUCUUUCAGCUUUUUUUUUUCAAAUUGCAAAUAGUUUGAUACUGAUGAAUUACGCGAACAACAUUAUUCAUAUACUCUGCUUUCAUGUCUAAAAGCAUUUCAACUGCAUUCUUAAUUGAUGUUUUAAUAUAUUUUUUUUGUUAUUUUUCUUAUACAUUUUUUUCUUUUCCUUUCACCAAUAUGUUUUCUUUUUUCCAAACCCAUUGUUCAAUUUCAAUUUCUUUGUCUUGGAGUAACUGUAUUUUAAUUUUGUUGUGUCUGCAUUCCUUGCAUUUUCUCUCUAGACAGAUUUCCUUUGUUUUUUCACCUUCACAACAUAGUGACUUAAUUAAUUGAUCACUAUCUAUGGCUUCGAUUACUUUUAAAUUCUUCAACUUCUUAAAAACCAACUCAAAAUGUUCAUGCUUCACACAUAAACAAGUCUUUCUGUACUUAAUUUUUCGCAAGUAUGACCCAAAAGGGCUGAAAAAAACAAAAUGUUGAACAAGAUAUGUUAUACCCAAACUCUACCUCAAAUUUUUUGUGGAGACUUUUUAAAUUUCCUGUUAAUAUUCUCUUUUGUUUUUUCACCUUUCGUUUUGUAAUGCAAUCUUUUUUUCCAGGUUCAAGUCUACUUACAUCAUCCUGUUCAAAAAAUUUAAUUACAUCUGAUUUAACUUUUAUUUGAUUUGUGGUCCUGUAUGUUAAUGUUGUUUUUAAACUUUCGUGAAUAUUUUUCCCUUUAUUAACAUGUUGAAUUCUCUUGUAGUAAGAUUGUACACAAUCUUUCAUUUUUCUUACGGACUUGUAUUUUUUAAUAAUUUUGCCUGAUAACACUAAAGCUUUAAGGGAUUUCCGAGAAUGUUUGUUUUUAUCAAACUUUUCUUGAAUUUGGGUUGUAAGCGCAGAAGAAAAUUCUAGACUUUUUCUCACUUUGGAUGAUACAUUUCCUCCUCUAAGAAGUGUUCUUACUUUCAUCCUUGGGCUAUUUUUAUUGCUUACUUUACCUUUAAAGGGGAAGAACUUUUUUUUGUAUCCAUCCCCACGUCUUCUUGAUUUUUCUAGUUUCUCCUUGAGCUUUUUUUGUUCUUUAUAAAAUUUUGAUCUGUUCCUUUUUUUUCAAUCUUUUACCACUUUCCUCUCUGCUCGUUCCCGCCCGACCAAUAUUAGGUUCAUAAAGAAUUACAUUCUCAUCCAUCAUUAUGUUAGCUGUAUUGCUGUCAUUGUUGCUGGGAGGAGGUGUAUGCUGUUCCAAAGUUUGGUAUAGUUCUGUAUCUUUUUUCUUCUUUUCUCUGUGCCUUUUUACUUUUUCCCGUACAGCUUUUCUCUGCACACGUUUUUCUCUGUCAUUCAUCUGGGAAACUUUUUUAAUCUUUCCACAUUCAGUUCUCGCCUUUCUCUUUCUUUCCUUUUAUGCUCUUCAUAUAAUGCAGGAUCUUCUUUAAUUCUAUCCCUUCUUUGUUCGGACACUCUUUUCAUCUGUCGUAUCGUUUCUGUUUGAGCAUCUUUUAUUUUACCACGUAUUUUCUUAUUUGCAUUUCUACUUUUCAUAGCAGCUGAAGCUGUACUAAGAUCUUUCUUCCUCUCUUUUUUUCUUGCAGCCAUUUCAAACUGCACCUAAUGAAUGAAUUAAAUCAAUAAUUUCAUGUAGUCAUAGACCUAACUGUAGCAACCAGGUAUGGGCCCCGGGGAAGGAAGGAGGGCAAGGGUCAUUGCUGGUAAAUGGACAUUUACAUUUUACAAUUUUAAAUUUAAACGUUAUAUUUUUCAUCUUGGAACGAGCCAUGACUCAUUUCCCGCUCCCUGGGCACACACCUGACAGUAAUUAGUUUAAACAUAUGUCUACAGUGGCUAUUAAAGUAAGAAUAUCAAAACAGUUUAUCUGCAGUUUUACUGCAAUUUUUAUAUAAAAAACUGAUUGAUAAAUUAGAUUAUAAAUCUAUAAAUAAUUAGGCCUAUAACAUAACUUUCUGUAACCUCCAUUGUUAACUGUAACCUCCAUUGUUAACUGUAACCUCCAUUGUUAACACAACCCAUGGAGGUUACUUCCAUGGAGGUUACAAAUAAGUAGCAUUGCCAUGCUUAAAACCUAACCUAAAAGAUUGAGAAUUAACUGCCUUGGUUUUUAGAGAGAAAAAUAGCUAUUUAAUAAGAGUUAAUUAAAAAAGUAUGUUUAAUACUAUAAGGAAUAAUGUUAGUAAACACAUGGAGGUUACAAGAACAAAAAUAACUCACUUGGUUUUCAAGAAUUGAAAGGCUUUUUCACAAACAAAAUAAAACUACACACAUCCAACAUCAUCACCAGACAAAAUGGCUGAUGUGAGCUUCACUUCAGCUCUGAUAAAGAAGACACUGCUGCUAUCUAGUGGGAUUUAAAUCAAGUUUAAGUUAUUCCACAGCAGUUACCUCAGCACUCCGUGGACAACUUUAAUGUUUAAAAUUAAGCAAUUAAAUAAACUAAAAUUGUUAUUUCUUUGUGAAUAGUAAAUUAGUUAUACAAUAAAUAAAUGUUUAAUCAAGAGUUUUACACAAAAACAUUAUUAAUCAGGUUUAUUUCUUUAGUUAACACAAAAAAAAUGUGGGUGUGGACAUUCCAUGAAGGUUACAUUUCCCAUAUAUUGCAUUUUUUUUUAAAUAUAAAAUUAAAUAAAUAUGUGAAAUAAAAACUGCAAACAUUACAUAUCAACUUUUUCCUACUUAAUACCAGCUUCCUCAUUUAAAAUAUUAAUUGUUAAGCCAAUAAUAUCCCAGGGACAAAAAAAAUCACCUUAAUUUCAGAACCACCCAUUUACAUAUCUAAACAUCUAAACCCUAGCCAUUCACAAGUUUUCAUUGUUAACUGCAGCCAGGUAAAUUGUAUUUUAGUUAAGUAAUAUUAUAAAACACAAUUUUUUCUAGUAUCAUCUAAAAUCUUAAACCAUUAUUAAUUUUGUUUACAUAUACUGUAUAUAUAUAUUUUUCUGAGUCACAAUGUCUGUUUCAUUUUAGAUACAUACAGCAAGUAAGCUGCUACUAUAUCACAUGGUGUUAGAUUGGUUGUGACUAUCAAUUUAUACACCGUUGAAACUAUGAUGAUUUCUUCUAUUAAUACCCAUCUCAAUGGAGUAUUCAGUUUUGAGGUGUGGUAGUCCGUGUUUGUUUGUUUUUUUCCCACUUAUGGUGCGAGUGAUGAAAAUAAUACAAAUAUAUUUUGUUUUCAAGUUUGAAAAGAAUAUGUAGUCUCCACCAUUCCUAUGCCAGACCCAAACUUGUGCAACAAAAAUGAGAAGUAAAGCAGAACCUUGGCUACGCCAUUUUGUAGUGUGUAUAACUAUGCACUAAAACAGUAUAAAAAUAUUCCUGUACACUCUACAGUCUGGGUGAUGGCAGAUUGAAGCAUUAACUUUUUCCUUUAAAUUAGUACCACUGAUUAAUUUCCAUAACUUUUCCAGGAUUUCAAGCAAGUUCCCUGACUUCUCCUGACCAAUUCCAACUCCCCUGACUUUCCAGAAUGUACACACCCUGACAGUAGGAUAGAGUGGGGGAAUUCCGAUCAUCGGGGUAAUUCCGACCACUAUUGAUCUCUGAAAUACCGAUUUAUUUGAGUCGUUUGUAUGAUGCUAUGCUCUUCAGGAGGAUAAAUGAAGCUCGUUCAUAUAGUUGGCGCGAUUCUGCCUGCGUAGAGACAGCCGCAAGAGUAUUUUGUUUAUUUCGUCGAUAAUUCUUGUAAGAAAUUUGGAUCAUAUUAUGUAAGGUAGGUAAUAAAGUAGCCAUAAGUAAAAUCUGCAAUUAUUUGUACACAAGUAAACAGGAUUAAUAUGAAUAAUAAUGAACUUACAAAUUUUUUUAACUUACCGUAAGUUACAGAAGAUGCGAGUUUGUUUACACAUGGUAAUUCGGGGGAAUUCCGAUCAGCACUGAUUACCCCAAAUAGCAUUUUAAUCAAUAAAUUUUAAUAAUAUAAAAUAUUUUAAUAACAAUUACGUAAUACACUGUUCACAGAUGCCUCGACAUAGAGUACGAACAACACAAAAAGCAUCAUGGAAUGCUGAAGAUUAUGAAGACAGAUGGUCCCCCAGGUUCUUUGUAUCAGUGUUCGAAGUCAGGCUGGAUAAAUAAGGAACUAUUUUUAGCAUGGCUAAAACAUUUCAGUGCCUUUUGUAAACCAGAUCCUAACAAUCCAGUAUUGCUUGUUCUGGACAACCAUUCCAGCCACAUAUCUCACGAGUCAUAUGAAUUUUGUCGUCACAAUGGAAUAAUCAUGCUGUCUCUGCCUCCACACACAUCCCAUAGAAUGCAGCCUUUGGAUGUUGCUUUCUAUGCACUGCUGAAGAAGGCCUAUCACGAAGCAUGCAGAAGAUGGAUGGUAAAUCAUCCCUACGAAAAACUCAUUCCAGAUGAACUUUCCGGACUCUUUAACAUUGCGUUUAUGAAGGUAGCAACAAUUGAGAAGGCAGUCAAUGGUUUUCGGAAAUCUUAAAUUUGCCCUCUAGAUCCAGAUAUUUUUUCUGAAGAGGAAUUCUUUCCCAGUUACCUGGAAGAGGUGUAUAGGUCUAUCAUAGAAGGAGGAAUUGAAAAUGUUACCACUGUCACUUCUCCUUUUAUUUCAAGUUCAACUACUGGGAACAGAAUUGUCUCGCCCAAUAUGGAUUUUACACAUUCCAGUUGUGCUAGUCAAUCAAGUUCUUUCAUGUGGCUCCAGUGCCAAAAAUAAUUUCUCGGGUCGCAAUAGAGUCAAAGACAAGGCCUAGAAGAAAAAAUUGCAUUCUCAGAUCCUAACUUCAACUCCGCAAAAGAAAUGUCUUGAAGAUGCUAGGGUAAAAAAGUCUGUUGCAAAAAAAAAAAGUAAGUUCGAAUAAGAAAGAAGAAAGGACUUCAUGGAGAAUUAGGCCCAGAUUCCCGGCCAAAAAAGAAACAAAGUCAUAAAAAGAUACUUCCAGUUAGUUCCUCAGAAGAUGAUGCAGUUGCUGAUCCUUGUGAUGACAUAGAACCAACAAUAAGCAAUGCCAAAGACUUUUGCAUUCUUUGUAGAGAUGGACAUGACAAUGAACUUUGGUAUAGGUCCACUUCGUGUUCAGAGUGGGCUCAUGCAGAGUGCACUGGUUUUGAUACACCAGACAAUUAUAUUUGUGACUAUUGGAAGUCAUAAAUACCAAUCACUUAAGAGUUGAUUUUAUCAGCUAUAAUUUACAUAAUUUUUAUUUUGUCUCAACAAUUUUUUUUUCCACACAAAAUAUUUUAAUUCAUUUGCUUGUAGUGUGCUAUGCAUUUAUUUGUGCUUAAGUAUUAGUUAAGUGACAGCCAUAUGUCCAAAAUAAUUUAAAUAUAUUGGUGAAUAUAAAUGAUCGGAAUUACCCAAAUGUCGGGGUAAUUCCGACUAUUAAAAAAAAAAUUUUCCCAAACCAAUAACAAUUUCUUUAUUUCUAAUACCCACAAGUCAAGUCAUAAUAUAGGAGAAUAUAUAUUCUGUUUUACACCUCCAUUCUGUAACAAAUUGUCAUAAUAUGGACAAUCUUGCUUAAGUGAUCGGAAUUCCCCCACUCUACCGUAUUCAUUUUAUUAUCCAUCACAGCAAAAAUUAAAAUAAAAUGCACUUUUUCAGUCACAGUAUCAUAUAAUUUGGUGUAAAAAAAAAUGCUUUUAAUUUUAAAACAACAAAUUUUUUAAAAUUUAGUACUGUCAUCAAUUGUCCUAUUAACUUUUCACGUAUUGAUUUGAGUUCUAUGAUGAUAUGUGUCCUUGCUUUGUCACACCUUUUUCAUUUUAUCUCCUACAGAAAAAGUUUUACGUUUCUGCAAAUCAGCAAUAUGAAAUUAAGUAUGAUAAUAUGCAGACAACUAACUGUAUUAAACUGCAGCUAAACUGUUUGUGUAGCAGAACAAGAUUAUACCAAGUGCAUGUAAGUGUUAAAAUCUUUUGGUUCAUUUAUUCUGUACAUGCAUACAGCAGGAGAGAGAGAGCGAGCAUGAUUCUACAUACCAAAUUUUAAAACUACCUAUGUUUAAUGAAUGUUAAAUGCUAUACAGUUAACUUAUAAAAAGAAAAAUUACUGACAUAGUGUUUCAUAAUUUGCACAACCUGUUUUCAAGAUAUUUGAAAAUAUGCUUGGUUAUAUGCAAUAAUUGUAAUUUGUUCACAAUUCAAAUGUACUUCAUAAGUUAAUCUUGCUAUUACAUACACAAUUUUUUGUUUUAAAAUUUAAGCAUUUUAUUUACAAGUAGAGACAGUUGGAUAACUUGUUAAAUGAUUCCUACAUUGUUAUUAUUCAGUGUGUGGUAUACAAGAUAUGCUGAUUAAACACCUUACUCAAGCACUCAGAGUUGUAUCUAUGGAAUCUAUCUUAGUAUGACCAAAUAUUAAAUGAUCUUGGCUUUGUCUUCAGUGAAGACUAAAUCAUUUUCUUCAACCUAAAUUUAAAUUGAAAUAUAGUCUUCACACACAGAACAACUACGGAAACUUCCAAAUGAAUGUCCUUGGUUUAAGUGCUGGCACCAGAAAUUUCUUGGUUAGUUAGUUAUGGUCAGAGUGCACCACCUCGCGCUGAGACCUACCACCCCUCAGCUGCUCUGAUUUCGCCACCUUCGCAGGUAAACAUGUGGAAGGAGAUGUGAUGUUACUUGGAAAUAAUGACUGUAUGUUGGUUCCUAGAAACUGUAGGUUAUUGAAUCAUGUUUUGGUUUGGCAAGGCUUUAAGUUUUUUUUUUUUACCAUUAUAAAUUAUUUAAAUAUUUGUUUGUACUUCGACUAAGUUAACCAGUUUGUCUGCAACUUGUACUACGUACCCAUUGUCAGUUGUGGCUUGACAUUGUGUGAUGUUUGUAACUUUGUGGAAAGGAAGUGGGAAAUAUUUGUUUUAUGCAAAAGUAUUAUUAGUUGUAAAACUAUUGUAUUAUAUUUUGUAAUAAAAUCAGUAUCAAUAUGCAGAA